UACGUCAUAUCCAACGGACCGAUAACAAGUCAUCUGGUUGAAGAAAAAGCUAGCAAAGAAGCAAACUGUUUAAUGUUACUCACGAAGUUUAAAGGCGGAGAUGUCGCUACGCUUCAACCCGUAGACCGCUCACCGUUACAGCCACAGUUGCUGACGAAGUUGACAUUUCGCAGAAAUUGCGAUUCUUACGAAGGAAUGAGCGAUAGUUAUCAAGGAAGUAGCCCAGCUGGCUAGCGAAAAAGUAGCUAGCUAGGCUGCUAGCUGUCGUUAGCAAGGGAGUUCUUUGUUUUGUUUUUCAGGUGGAGGUCCGUGUAAACAUGAAGAGAAACUAGUGUGGACACCUGCUUUAACGUUCAUGUAGGACUUGUAUGAUCAUGCACAUGGUGUCUAUGGCAGUAAGUAGCUGAACCUGUAAACUAAAUGGUUUCUGGGAUAUUAGAAAAACAAAAGUAACAUUAGCCACCGAGAGCAACUUUAGCAACAAAGAUCGGAUUUCUAGCGUCGGGCAGGAUAGGACUGGAGACACGAAGAUAUGGGCAACUGUCUCAAGUCUCCGACAUCAGACGACAUCUCUCUGCUUCAUGAAUCCCAGUCAGACAGGGCGAGUUUCGGUGACGGGACAGAUCCAGACCUGGAGCCACCUCCGCCGUAUCAGGAGCAGGCUCACAUGCCCAUGUACCAUCCCACACCUAGUCAGGCCCGUCUGGCCACUCAGCUGACGGAGGAGGAACAGAUCCGCAUAGCUCAGCGCAUCGGCCUCAUCCAGCACCUCCCUAAGGGUGUUUAUGAUGGAGGGCAAGAUGGUUCAGAGAAAAAGAUCCGAGAAUGCGUGAUCUGUAUGCUGGACUUUGUAUACGGGGACCCCAUCCGGUUCCUGCCAUGUAUGCACAUCUACCACAUGGACUGUAUAGACGACUGGCUGAUGAGAUCCUUCACCUGCCCCUCCUGCAUGGAGCCUGUGGAUGCUGCCCUGCUCUCCACCUACGAGACCAACUGAUCCUUCACCCCUCCCCCGCCCCGAGCUUAGGUCAAACACGGCCCUUCCAGCCCCGGCACUCACGCAAACCCAACAACUGCCCUCUUAUAGAGUGAGAGGAGCUAAAACAUGUGUUCUCUGUUUUCUUGCACUUUGAAAAAAAAAAUCUUAAUCUACUCACCUAAUGUUGGCCUUCCAUGCCCCUUCUGGUCUAAAAAAAAAAAAAAAAAAAAAGGCUGGUCUUAAACAUCAGCUAUACAGCUCAGUAAGGAACUGCUUCCAGACGACCCUGCGUGAUUGUGUUUGUGUGUGUUUGUCAUGCUGAUGGUGAGCGCUUGGGAUGUGUGUGUUUGGGCUGUUCGAUGCAUUUCCACUUGAGCCGGUCUCAGUGGUAUUCUUCCCCAGUUCGCCCUCACUCCCACUUUGUCACUAAAAUGGAUAAUUAGGUUGACAGUUUAUUGACCAAAAUGUUACCCGGUGUUGCUUGGAAAUUCAGUUUUCUGUGGCAACCGUAAGCGGAAACUUCCUCAACAUAUUGAUCUACCCCAGACAUGCCCUCAUAUGAAAAUGGCCAUACACUUUGGAGGUUAUGGGAAUACACAGCUAAAGUUUACACUGUUGGUCUUAGAUAACAAAGAAGAAAUUGCUGUCCAGUUAGUCAAGACUACAGAAAAAUUAUGCACACGCUUAAAAGAAACCACCCAAAGUUUAUAAGUACACUGUCUACACCUAAAGGAGCUCAAGGCUACAUAAUAACUGGCCACUCAAAAUUUCCAGACUUUAGAGAAAAUUCUUUGAGUUGAAGGGAAAAUGUUGUUGUGUAACAUGAAUGUUUGCCCGAACGGUGUGUAAAGUAGCUGGCAGCCAAUGUAAAGGGCUCAUUUGUGCACAGGUGGGUGGAUCAGUCAGUCAAAAACUACAAAUGCUUGCACACACUUUUCAUCUGAUCCAGAGAUUUGCACUUUACUUAUAGGACAGUAUCUAAACAAUAUAUUAAUAUAUGUACCUUAUAACCUUGCACUAUCAAUACUUCAUUCCUUAAUUUCCUGAGAUGCAAAAAUUAUAUAGCUGAUAAAAGAGAUUUUCAAAGCCGUCAGUAGUCACGUCGAAGUAAGCCUGGAUAUGUAUUUCAUGAAAUCUGUGAUUCAGUAGUGUGAUCCUCCGCUUCGUUCUGCUUGAUUUUUGUAUUCCUGUGUGUUUUUGUGUGUAAGUGAAGGGACAGAGGCUUGCUCCAGUUUAAAGGAGACGUUCUACAUUUCCGGAAAUAAGCUAAUCCGUGCCAUGUAAGAUUUCAAUCUUGAUAUCUAAUGAUGUCAUUCUAAUUCUGUAAAGUAAGAAGCAGAAACCAACAUGCCAUCAGACUAGCUUAGCAUUAAGACUGUUAAGAGGGGGAAACAGCCAACAUAGCUGAGAAUCUCAAAGGUGUGCCUACAAGCACCUCUAAAACACAGUAAUCGGUAGUUUUUAGGACUUAAACCAGAAAUGGACAAGUUUUUGGUUUUAUCGCAUCAUUAAAAAGUAAAUAUGGAUCGCACAAUGUAAUGGGUUAGGAAUAAUUACAUCGAUUAAUGAACAUUUCCAGGGAAAUGAAGGCUGAUUGGCACCAUUUCUGUCUAUCCAAUUAUAAACUAAAUGACUGGGUAAACUCAUUCAUCAUGGCAGCAGCAUCAGCAACAAUAAUACCCCAGGAAAAGUCAUCUGCUUGCACUUUAAGGAGGGAUUAAACAAAUGAUUUAUAGUGAGUUUCUUAAUGAACUUGAGAGAUGCCGUUGGACCUUCUCUAAAAUUUGGAUUGAGCCACGCUAGCUUUUUGCACCUGCUUCUAGUCUUUAUGCUAAGCUAAGCUAAUUGCCUCUGGCAUCUAGCAUCACAUAAUACAUGCAGUGAGGAUUUGGCACAUUUCCCAAAAUGUUGAUCUGCUCCUUUAAUAAAGAAAAAGAGGCUACAUUUAAGGAGAACUUGAACUUAUUUUGAAUCCACAUUAGUGUUAGUCACAUCACUCUCUUUAGUAUAUGUCACUUUUUUGCUUUAUUUCACCAUAAUUGAUGUAUUUUGUUGCUUAGUUACAGUUAUUGAUUUGUGGCAUUGUCUGAUGUUAGAAUGGCUGUGUUUUUUUCUUUCACUUUUGUUCUGUUUCCUUCACAUUUUUGUUAGAUUAGUGUAAAAAAUCACUGAAUAUGUAGGACAGUAAGCAUAUAACUUUUACACUGGUUAAAGCCGGACUGUGCAAACCUCUGUCCCAAAUGAAUUUCAGAGUGCAAGAGACUUCUUUUAUGGUGUGAUAGUAACAACUGAGAUAUCGACUUCUCCAUUCAGCUUUUCCUUUGCUGUGUUUUUCAGCGUUUAUUCUGAAAAAUUAAUAUUUCCUGUAAUCUUGUUUGAUUUUCUUUCUUUUUGGGAGGCUAAAAAGCCUUCAUGUAAAACAAUAAAUAAAAUAAACAGGAUAAAAAUCA